AUGUUUGCAAUUGUUGGGGCUACCGGCAAAGUCGGUUUUGCAACGUCACGGGCACUGCGAGAGGCGGGCAAGCCGGUUCGAGCAAUUCUACGCGAUGCAUCAAAAGGAGACAAGCUACGUGAGAUCGGCUGUGAGAUCUCUGUAGCCGACUUACAGGAUCCCAAAGCCCUCGCACAGGCAAUAGGCAAUGCACAUACAGUUCAAGUCAUCGUUCCACCGGCUCCACAGCUAAAGGACACCGCUGAACAGAUGAGACAAGCUAUUGAAAGCAUUGCUACUGCGCUUGAAGAAACGCGACCACAGCGCGUGCUCGCAAUCUCUGACUAUGGCGCUCAUGUCACCGAUGACAUUGGGAUGCCGACAAUGUGCCGUGACUUUGAGUUGCGACUCACCAAAGUCCCCUGCAAGAAAGUAUUUCUACGAUCAUCUGAGCACAUAGAAGCGGGAUGGGGGCGAGCUAUCCCAGUAGCCAAAGAGUCUGGUAUCCUACCAAGCUUUCUCGAUCCGACGGAUACGCUGUUCCCUAGGAUCUCGGCGUCGGACCUUGGUCUGAUUGCUGCGGAUGUCUUGCUGCGGCCCGCUGCCACGGAAGAUGUUGAGAUUAUCCACGCUGAAGGUCCACGCCGAUAUAGCGCCAAUGACGCGGCCGCAGCGCUGAGCGAGCUACUGGGGAAGGCAAUUCAGGUGCAGGUUGUUCCUCGCUCUGAGUGGAAGGAUGUUAUGGAGCGAGUAAUGAGCCCAACUCUUGCUGAGCUGCUGAUCAAGGCCAAUGAUGCCCAAAAUAAAGGCGGUAUGGUCGACGUGGAGUCUAAACAAAGCAAAGUUGUCUACGGCAAGACGGAAUUAAUCGAUGCGCUGCGACCCCUAGUUUAA